AUGGCUGCUUCUAGAAAACUUCAAGGUGAAAUUGAUCGGUGCCUUAAGAAAGUUACCGAAGGUGUAGAAACAUUUGAGGAUAUUUGGCAAAAAGUUCAUAAUGCUACAAAUAGUAAUCAAAAAGAAAAAUAUGAGGCUGACCUCAAAAAGGAAAUCAAGAAAUUGCAAAGGUUACGCGAUCAAAUCAAAAGCUGGAUUGCGUCUGCAGAAAUUAAGGAUAAAAGUGCAUUACUUGAUUACCGCAAACUUAUAGAAACCCAAAUGGAAAGGUUCAAAGUAGUCGAACGAGAAACAAAGACUAAAGCUUAUUCUAAAGAAGGUUUGGGUGCUGCCCAAAAAUUAGAUCCUGCUCAAAAAGAAAGAGAAGAAAUAAGUGCAUGGUUAACACAAUCAAUUGAGUCGCUCAAUAUUCAAAUUGACCAGUAUGAAUGUGAAAUGGAGUCAUUACUUGUUGGGAAGAAAAAAAGGUUGGACAAAGAUAAACAAGAAAAACUAGAUGAACUCAAAGCAAGAGUAGAACGACAUAGGUUCCAUAUACGUAAAUUAGAGACUGUGUUAAGAAUGUUAGAUAAUAUGUCAGUGGAGGUCAAAAAGAUUCGUUCAAUAAAAGAUGAUGUAGAAUAUUAUAUUGAAGCAUCACAUGAAGAGGAUUUUAUGCAUAAUGAUGAUUUGUAUGAUGAAAUAAUUGGAUUAGCUGAACUUGAAUUAGGAGUUGCUGCUAAUAAUUCUGCAGAAGCAAAUGGAUCACCCACUAGUCAAACUGCAAGUCUUAGCGGCUCUUGUCCAGCAUCUCCUGCUCCAAUGUCACACAAUCAUUCCAUCGAAGAGCCAGUUUCAGUGGCUGUAAUAACAACUUCUACACCAGUAUCAAUAACAACUAUUGCUACAAUUAGUGAAUCAAUUCCAAUGAUCUCUACAGUAUCUACAGUUGUAACUACUGCUUCUUCAGCUUCUAUUGUUGCAGCACCAGUUCGUAAAAAAAAAGAGGAAAAUACUAAAAAUACAAUUAAACCAACUCCUGUGAAAGCAAAUCCUCCAAGUAAUGCUAAUUCUACAGUGAACAGUAAAGGUCCAACUAUAGCUGCUGUUGUUAAAUCAUCUGUUAGUAAUCAUACCACCACAACAUCCAGUGUGUCUACUGUGUCCCAGUCUAUAACUACUCAAACAAGUACUACUACUGUUGGUAAUUUUGCAACUGUAGCAGCUUCAAAUAUUCAUAAUAAACAUACACAAUCACAAUCUGUUGAAAAUACACCUGUUGUUACAUCUAUACCAACUUCUCCAUCAUCUUACCAUACAAACGUGUCAACUACACAAGGAAAUGUGAAUAAUUCUGAUAGUGUUGUAAACUGUGUGUCUACUACACCUUCGUCAUUAAGUUCUACAACAUCACCAGUACAAGUGGAUUCUCAUACGGCUUUGUCAUCAUUAAAGACCAUUGCCCAAAAAGCUAUUGAUCAAGCUGGAAUUGAUAUAUCACAACAGUCUACUGAUACUAAAAGUAUGAGUUCAAAUAUAGUUCAAAAUUCAAGUAGUCAACUAAGCUUGCAGCAACAACCAUCACAACAGCCACCUGUUUUGUUUGAAGCUAACAUUUCUCCUUUAUUAGGAGUAGCUCCACUAGGUCCAGUGCCACUUUCUAAAGACCAUCAAUUUCAAUUCACGAUGCUUGAAUCUGCAUUUGUACAUUUACCUCAUCCAUCAGAUUCUGAACGAAUAAAAUUAUAUUUACCUCGAAAUCCAUGUUCAACACCUCAUUAUUAUAAUCAAGGACCUCUUCCUCAUUCUGACAGUUUAGAAUUUUUCCAGAGGCUUUCAACAGAAUCCCUAUUUUUUAUAUUCUAUUACAUGGAGGGGUCUAAAGCACAGUAUUUAGCUGCUAAGGCAUUAAAAAAACAAAGUUGGAGAUUCCAUACAAAAUAUAUGAUGUGGUUUCAGCGACACGAAGAACCUAAAUUAAUUAAUGAAGAAUAUGAACAGGGCACAUACAUUUAUUUUGACUAUGAAAAAUGGGGUCAACGGAAAAAAGAAGGCUUCACAUUCGAGUAUAAGUAUCUGGAAGAUAGAGAAUUAAAUUGAAAUGAAAAUAAUGUAUUUUCACAUAGUCAUACACUAAAAAAAAAAAAAAAAAAAUACUUAGAAUAUAGUCCAUGAAUACAAAAGGAUUAUUUGUACCCUUA